UCGGGCGGAAGCAGCUGCCGCCGCCCGCCUCCUUUCUCCCUCGCUCGCUUUCCCCGCCGCGGCGUGGGGGGCUCUCCCUUCCUCACGGCGGUCUGGGGCGGAGCGCGGGAAGGAAGGACGGGCUGCCGGGAGCGUGCGCCGGGCUACAGGCGAGCCUGCUCUGUGCUCCUCCGUCCCGCCGCCGGCCCUGUCCCGCGCCGGCCGUGUGCUGCUCUGUCGCCUGGAGCCGCCCGAGUGCGCUUCCCGCAGUUGCCUCCGCCUCAGAGCCGCGUCCCGUGGCGGGGACGGGGGCAGGCGUGAGGGUGUGGGAGGGCGGGAGCUGCGCUCGCGUUGCUACCUGCCGCGUGGCCUUAAACGGCUUUUCCUCUCCGCCACUCUGCCCGCAGAGCCUGUGGCGGGACGGGGUGUUUUGCCUCCAACGUCCUGACGAAGCCAACCGAGAAGAGCAAGCUGCUGCCUCAGAAAGCUGGAAGAGGAGGAUGUCUUCAGCGAUGUAGCCCUGGAUGUAGUAGUGAAACUCACCGGCCUGGUUCCGGAGCAUGGGCUAAAAACUAUGUCCCUCUCUCGCGUUGAAAAUCCUUGUUUUCUGCUGUUUCUGUUUGUCUUCCAAGCAAUAUUUAUCCUGAUUCUCUACCAAGGCGGACCUUCGAGUGUGUUUCGUGGGUUUUUAGACUCGCGGCAGAUUCUGGAUUACUCAAAAACUCACGAUGUGUAUACGAACCUCAGCUUGUUUACCCGGGCUCCUCAUGAAGAGACCAAGCCUUACUGCUCAGCGCAGUCACCGAUAUUUGUUGGUCCGUUAACGAUCACUUUCAAGGUGCUCCCAAGUGAAAGAAGGAUCAUCAAGAAAAACCCUUUUGUUCAGCCUGGGGGCCACUACAGGCCACCCCACUGCUUGGCCCGCUACAAAUCAGCCAUCCUUGUAGCCUACAGGAACCAGGAGAAGUACCUGCGCCAUCUCCUCUACUACAUUCAUCCUUUCUUGCAGCGGCAGCAGCUCGCUUACAGCAUCUAUUUGAUUCAGCAGGUGGGGAAUGGUACAUUUAACCGAGCAAAGCUGCUUAACGUUGGUGUCCGGGAGGCCCUGAAGGACGAGGACUGGGAUUGCCUGCUCCUGCAUGAUAUCAACCUCGUGCCUGAGAACGAUUAUAAUCUCUAUGUUUGCGAUGAAUACUACCCCAAGCACAUGGCGAGUGCCUUGGAUAAAUUUCAGUACACUUUGCCAUAUAAGUCCUUUUUUGGGGGUGUAUCUGCUCUGACUCCAGAACAUUACAUGAAGAUGAAUGGGUUUCCAAACACAUACUGGGGCAGUGGUGGUGAAGAUGAUGACAUUGCUACAAGGAUUCAGUUGGCGGGAAUGAAAAUAGUCCGGACAUCACCUCAACUUGGACGCUACAAAGUGAUGGACUACAAUGAAGAGAGACAGACACGAGAGCCUUGGAGAAGGCCUACUUCUCGCCACAACACUCAAAAAACAUGGAAAGAUGAUGGAAUGAAUUCCUUAGAGUUCAAGCUCCUUUCCAGGACCAAGCAUCCUCUUUAUACUAACAUCACUGUGGACAUUGGCUAUGUUCCUCCAUUUUCUUAAGAGACUGCAAACAAGCACAGGGUUUGGGCUCAGCAUGGCAGCAUGCGUAUGGGCAUUCAGCCCCAACCUCCUGUGAGGAGUGGAGUCUGCACCACCCCACACUAAUCCUUUUGUCUUUUAUGCAGUUCACCAUUUUCUUGUAAGUGGUUAAGCUUUAGAAGAAAAGGCCUCUGGAAGGGGGUAUGGUAACUAACAAACAGGCUGUGGCUUACUGUGAAGCUAACUCUGGGGCCAGAGCCAUCUCCCAGCCCUUGGGGAUCAACAUCUUGGUGACGGUAAGUGACCCAAGUUUUCUGGAACCUCAGUUCUAUAGCUGGAGUGCUCUGUCCUUCAUACCCAAGUAGGAACUGGGAUGCAAAAGCCAUUCUGGCAGCGAGCUCUGCCUUGAAAAAGGGUUGAAACCAGUUGCACUUGUAUAAAUAUAUUUUCUGAUUUGGGUAAAAUAAUUACAUGUUUGAGAUUUUAUACAAUAUUUAAUACUAUAAUAAAGGAAAAAGUUGUCCUGAAACCAGAGAAAGCCAGA